UCGUUCCCUCGAGGACCGUCGAGGAGGAGGAGGAGGAGGUGGUGGUGGUGGUGGAGCAGGAAGCCGGAGCCGCAGACUGUCCGCGCUCUUCUCGUGACGAUGGUCGCGCAGGCCUCGUUGAGUGUGGCUGUGCAUGUCACAGAUUGGUAGAGAGGAGAGCGCUCUGGGCUCUUCUUUCGCCAGUCGGAUUCGGCCUCGAGAAAUUUGAAAGGGAUUCCAGGACGAGGAAUUUCUCAUUCUCCAGAAUUUGCGAUGGCGAGCGUGAGCUUGGUCAAGCCCAUCGUGGCCUCGCAGUCUGUGCUCGCAUCUCCGAGCGAGUCUGUUCUCUCCUCCUCCUCUCGUGCUCCCCGUGCACCUUUCUUGUUCGAAGAUGAGUCGAAUAAAAACAGUGCUCGGUGCCUUUUUGGGGUUUCUCCCGUCUGUCUGCAAGGUCCAGUCCUUAAAACGAGGACUCAGAGGACUACGGAUCUCUUAAGUUCUCCUUUUCAGGGAGGACAGAGAAACAAUUCAAAUUCUUCUACAAUAUUCCGGAAUGGAAUUUUUAUCAGCUCAAAUCACGCAGCGACCGAAUCACCGGCCCUUAUUGAAAUUGAAGACGAGAUUGACGGGUCUAUCGUCUUCAAAUACGGUGGGCUGGAGGACAUAUGGGAGCUGGAUAAAAUGCUGGAAUUUCUGUGUCGGGGAGCUUUUAGUACUUACAACGUAGAAUCAUUGGUGCCUAUCGUAGUUGAGCUGCUUAAGGUUCCUGUAUCCCCUAAAGGUCAGCGGAGGAUGGUGGAAAUGCUGUCAUCGUAUGUCCAAACCAACCGGAAUGUCAGGUCAUGCGAAGCAGAAAGGAUGAUUAGUCAGAUCCUGGCCGAAGUAACUUCAGAAUUCUUACCACCACCCACUACAGGGAACUUCAAGGGAAGGAGAAGACCGGACAAAAGGUUUUCCUCUCGUUUGGAUAAGUGGUGGCGAAAGUUGGAUAGUUACCUCGGUGCUGGCGAAGAUGAUUCAGAAUUCUGGGGAGAUGAUGAAUUCGGGACGUUUGAGCACCAAAGCUUCCGAGCCGAGCCAUUAGCGAUGAACGGGCAGUUUUCUGAUUGGAAUGAUCAUGGUUUUACACCUCUGAAAGCAGCGAUAUCUAGAAGUUUUGACAGUGUGCAGACUCGAUUCACGUGGAAAGAUGCACCUUCUGCAGUUAACUGGAUAUCUAGUCCCUCUGAGUCAUUGUUAUUAGAAGCCCCCAAAGUACUGGAAUAUGCCACCGAGCAAGAGUCCGCUCUCAGGCCAUCCGAAGAAAGAUACACAUCAGGAGCUGGUUUUGUUUUUCUGUCUUCACAGGUCGAAACAUUGGAGGAUGUUUUGAACAGAAAUGAGCACCCUCCUAGUAGCUGGAGGUCUGGUGUUCGGUCCAAAACUCCCCCAAGUUCAACCGACACUCUGCCAAUCUCUUCAAUCCAGGCUAUGUUGGAAUGGGAACAAGAAGAAACUGUGGUGACGUCAGUAAAUGUCGCUACUAAGAAAAGCCAGACGAAGAAAACAACGAAAACAACACAGAGAACGAGAUCCAAGACCGUUUUUCAGACAAGAAGCAGCAGCAGCACCAAGUCAGCCACGAAGAAGAGAAACCAUUCUGAGAAACGUGAAGAGAGGAAGCUCUGCGAUAUUUUCUUCACCCUUCCUCUGAACCACUCGAAUUCGGGUAUUGCGAGUUUUCUGCAAAUGAGAAAAGGGUUGUCUAACGAGAUUUUAGUUGUGCUCAACCAAGGCUCUGUCGUCUUAGCGGGUGGUGGCCUUGCCGUGGUUCUCCACGUUGCUGCUAGGAUGCUAUCCAUCAACUCGACCUUCGACCGUUAUAAGAUGUUCGGGCUCAUACGAGGUGCUGCUCUUAUUUGGCUAUCAGCUGCCAUGCAAAAGUUGAGAUCCGUUUUGAUUCUUUUGCCUGCCGAGUGCACGAUAACGAACCACCAAAAUAAGAAACAGCUUUUAAGCUUGCAGCACCAGCUGAAAACCUUAUCCUUUAAGGCUUUGGCUGUCAUGGUAUUGUCGGUUGUAGGAUCCGGUAUAUGAUCAGAGUUUCGGGGAUGUACGAAUGCACUAGGUCCGUGUCAAUGAUUUCUAAGAGCAUCCUGUCUAACAUCUGUGUUAGGCUUGUGGAGAAGAAAGUUUUGCUGAGACAUUUGUGAAGAGUACUUCCUAGCGCAUUGUCUUAGUUGCCCAGACCUCAAGUAGUUCACGCAAAAGUGAUACCCUGUAUAUUAGUCGGAUUAGUGCAAACGCGGGCGCAGAGCUUUGUAACGAGGAUGAGCCACGGAGAACCAAGUGAUAACCUCCCGUAGUUAAAACUUUUAUAGACAGCAUGGUCCGCACUUCAACUACAAGUGGAGAAAGAGCUAUGUAUAUGUGUAUUUCUGCAAAUUUAGAUCACUUUGGCUCGAGUGUUGUACACUAUUUCAAUACUGAUUCUGAAGGUGUAAUCAUUUUGUUAAGU